GAACUUCUGAAUAUAUACCAAAUCAACUAAAGCAGAUUCGUGAUAAGGGAUAGCCAUUCGUGAUGCAUAUUUUGAAACUACCCUGGCUAAGUCACAAAGCUGAAAAUAAACUGAUCGAAUGCUUUUCAGUCAGUAUAAAUAAUGAUGGAACGAGACUAGCUUCGGGAGGAUUAGAUGGGAAUGUGAAGAUUUGGGACGUGCAAACAAUUCUACAGUUCAAAGAUAUACCGGAACCGGAGAGUAAGGAUAAAAAGAGAAAGUUAGAUUUGAAUAAUAAUCAACAUGCUUCUUUAUUACCGGAUAAAUCAUUGAGACGCCCGCUCUGCUCUAUGAGCCGACACAAUGGGGUUGUGACUAGUGUGAAGUUUUCACCAGAUGGAAGGUUUCUUGCAUCAGGCUCAGAUGAUAAAAUUGUGCUAAUAUGGGAAAAAGACGAAGAACAAGCAAACCGUCCUAAACAAUUCGGUGAAGCAGAAGCAGAUCUUGAACAUUGGACAGUAAGGAAAAGACUAGUGGCCCACGAUAAUGAUAUUCAGGAUAUUUGCUGGUCUCCGGAUGGGGCACUCUUGGUGACUGUUGGUUUAGACCGUUCAAUUAUUAUAUGGAAUGGUUUAACAUUUGAAAGAAUUAAACGGUAUGACAUACAUCAAUCCAUGGUCAAAGGUGUUGUAUUUGAUCCUGCAAACAAAUUCUUUGCCACUGCAUCUGAUGAUAGAACGGUUAGAAUUUUCCGUUACUAUAAGAAACUAAACGAAACCACCCUUAAUAAUUACGAAUUUCAAAUGGAACAUAUUGUGGUUGACCCUUUUAAAAAAUCCCCUUUAACUUCGUAUUUCAGAAGAAUGUCCUGGUCCCCCGAUGGUCAACAUGUUGCAGUUCCUAAUGCGACAAACGGACCAGUUUCUUCUGUUGCAGUUAUAAAUAGAGGGAAUUGGGGUACUGACAUUUCACUCAUUGGACAUGAAGCUCCUUGCGAGGUGUGCUCUUUCUCACCUCGUUUAUUCAGAUCGAACGAUCAAGUGGAAGAUUAUAAUCGUACGUCGAAAAUUUCUACUUCAAAUAAAGGUCAGAAUGAGCAUUUUUCAACUAUUUUAGCUACUGCUGGUCAGGAUCAGACUUUGGCCGUUUGGAGUACGUCACAAAGUAAACCAUUGAUUAUUGCGCAGGAUAUAGUCCAAAAUUCAAUUACAGAUAUCUGCUGGACUCCGAAUGGUACAACAUUAUUCAUGAGUUGCAUUGAUGGUUCUAUCACUUGUGUCAUUUUUGCUGAAAAAGAAUUAGGUGAAGUAGUAAGUGCAGAUGUGAAUGAUUUACAAUUACAUAGAUAUGGUGCUGAUAGAGAAUCUGCAAUUUUUGCAGAAAGUACCGAACAAUUACUAUUAGAACUGAAAGCCAAUAAACUAUUUAAACAUGAUAGUGCAAUGGAUAAUAAAUUGAUUUCAUUAGUUGGAAAUGGAUCUUCAAAAUUAGAAGAAUCCAAACCAGCUCCGAUUACGAAACCAGCGGUGGAACCAAAGGAGCCCAAUCGUACUUCUGCUCAUCAAGUUAAUUUACUUAAACCUAAAAAGACAGAAAAGCUUGUUCAAAAUGUCACCAAGACUAAAGAUGGGAGGAAAAAAGUUGCACCGAUGCUUGUUUCUAGCUUAUCGAAAACCUCAAAGCCAUCAGGGUUUGAUAAACCAGCAUUGAAUAAUACAUCAUUCAAAAAGAAUUUUCAAGUUACUUCUAAAAUUUCUCAAACUUCAUACUACUUACCAAGAUUAGGAGUGCAAACUUCUGUGCAUGGAAUCAAAUUUAGAUCUGUUGCUGGUGAUAUCAAUACAAAUAACAAAGAGAAUGCAGAAGAACAAGAUAACGAUAAUGAAGAUAUGGGAAUCGACCUUAAUAAUGAGCAAAAUCCAUCUCAACAAAGCCAGAAUAUUUCUGGAGCUACAUUGAAGAAAAAGAAGAACAAAUUGAAACGUUCAUUAAUGGAAGCAAGAUAUCCGAAUUGUUUUAAGAUCAUCUCUGAUUUGCCAGAAGCCCUUUUCAAUAAUAGGGCCAUUUUAAAUAAUGAAAUCAGUCAAUUGUUAAACCAAAAGGAUAUUAUGGCCAAUUCCAGUGCCAGUACAGAGAUUGACGAAGACAUUAUCUUUCAAGUACUCGUUAGUGGGAUUAAGCAUUUCAAAAAUCCGAAAUAUGAUUUUUCCCAAUCUGAUGAUAUUAAUGGAAAUGACAAUGUGAAAAAAACUGACCACUUGAUUACAUCUAUAAUUGAAGUGAGAAACGGUCCUAAUUGGAGCGAAGAUGACGAUGAAAUGCCCGACACCGAUUAUAGCGACCGGAUUGAUUUCCAAGAUCCUACCACGGUGACUAUUUCAAACACUGAAUUAAAAGACUUUAAGAAAUACACAUUGUACUUCCCAUACAAGAUUCAGCAUGUGUUACCGGUAGUAAUGGAAAACAUUCUUUCAUACUAUGUCUUAGUUUCAUUCAGUGGUACAGUGCAAAUAAUUCUUGCAGAAUCAGGUAGUUACGCCACUCCAGGCAUAGAAUUAGGAGAAAAUAUCAUUUUAUUAAAACAAAGAGGACCAUUCGUUAUGUGUUUGACUAAUUCUGGAUCCUUCCACUGUUGGAAGUUCCCCGAUAAUAAGUCAAAAACCGUUCGAUUUGAAAGUAUCAUGAAUGGAGUUUCAAUUGCAAGUGUCAUAAACUCCGAUAAUGACAUCAAAAUUCCCGAGACCAAUUCGGCAACGAAAAGGCCCACCUCUAUCGAAAUACCCAGUGUGGUGUCGAAGAAUGUCCGGACCAUUGAGAUCAAUCCUCGUGAUGGAUCUCCGUUUGUUGUUUUAGAGGCAGACUACUCUAUUUUUGCCUAUUCAAUUGAUCUAAUGGUAUGGACUCGUAUAAUUGACCCAUGGUAUUUUUCCGCCAUUGAAAACAGUUUGAUAAACAAACUCGACGGUACAAAGUUGGUGAAUACUUUAAUUAAAAAGAAUUUUGGCAAUUACCAUCAUGACGUUAAAAGAAUGAAAAUCGGAAAGUAUAAUUUUGCCAAUCCACAAACUUUUGAAUUAAAAGACAUCAUGAAAGGUAAGUUUGAAGAAUCAAUUGAACUAGCUACAGCAUAA